GGUGAACGUAAAAGAUGAACGUAAAAGGUUAUCAAAAAAUAUCUUAGGGGGACAGAUCUGCCCCCUCCCUAACCGUUUAAGGGUUAAUAAUUGAAUCCUUUAUAAUCUUGAGUAAAAAUAUUGAGAUUGAUACAGGUCCAUGUUUAUAAACAUUGUUGUUUCUUUGAUUACGUUGGGAAGGAGUAACGUUAUGACGUCAUGACGCGCAACAAUACAUGCAUGCAACAUCGUGACUAACACACACGACGUCAUACAAGUAAGACAUUUUACAAAACAAUCAACUAAGUAACUGUUGCCAAGAAGAAUACUUUAUUUUCGGCUAAAACCAUCCGAAUCCUGACGUCAGUUCUGCAAGAUGUCUAAUACAUUUACCAAGAAGUACAGAAGGCCGAAGACGACAACAUUAACGGAUUUUGGAUUUAAAGCGUUGCCAUGUACUGAGUUGCCCAGAAUCCCAUCUCCUACGAGGAGAUGUAACCCUCAUCCAACGGGACUGGUGUAUCAAAAUCCUUACAAUCGAGAUGGUUUGACCUUUGAUAUUUGGAACCCCGACUAUCAGAAAAUGGAAACGAGUAUGCCAUCUAUGCUUCCACAUCUCAUGAACGUCAACUUCAGCUCAAGUAAAGUCCCACCAUGCAUUCACAAAAGAAGCCACCCACCAAAGGUACGAUACACGGAAAAUUCAACAACACGCAUUUCGUACAGGAAACCGGUAAUUAUAGCAGACUUCCCGCAUAUCACUAGUCGUUUCGGAUUCAGCCCUGACGAUGGGCCUGCUAGGGGGAUUGUGCCGAAUACGUUACCAAAGAUCAAAGUGAACAAAAACGAACUCUAGGAUACACUCGUCAUACAACAAUUGAACAACAUGUAGAAGACCAAGCGCAUUCUGUACUGUCAUUUAUAAUGUUAUAUGAAAAAGGAUGAAACACGAAACUGAAUCAAAUUCUUGUAUUUCAUUUAUACUACCAAGAGUGUCAUAUCCUAGUAAAUUAGGUGUUUGUUUGUUUGUUUGUUUGUUUGUUUGUUUGUUGUUUGAUGACACUCUUUUAACCAAGUAAAAUCAAACCGUUGGUAAGGUAGCAUUACUUACUGAUUUCUAGAUUUUGAUAAAAACACUUCACGAAAACGACAUCAACUACACCAUGAAAAAUUGUUAAUUUGAAUUUAAGACCUACCAAAUGUUUGAAAAUCAAGGAUUGUGAAUCUCAUACU